AUGGCUCAAUGCCUUGUCCCGCCCCGCAGAUAUCGCCGUGAGACGGCAGUUCUCGACAUUGCACGCGAUUUUAUCCGCUUUGCCUUGAAGAACGACCACACGUUGGUAUUUCGCUUGCUCGAAGCAAAAGAGACGACCACAGGCUAUAAGCUGGACUACAAAAUCUCCAUGACGGAGCCAUAUCUCGCAAUCUCGCACGCCUGGACCGAUCGUACAGGGCCUGGGAGCACCAUUGUCGUUACAGACCUUGCUCCGUGGCCCAUCUCGAUGUCACCCGCGAAACGCCAAUUUCUCGACUGGCUCUUCAAGAUCCAGCACUCUCCAGACAAGUGGUCUUCGUGGUUCUGGUUGGAUCUCUUCUGUAUCGACCAGACCAGAGAAGAUGAGCUGCUCUUCUCCCAGCAACUCCAGCAGAUUCCGAAAGUCUUCCAAAAUGCGAAGAGUUGCGUGGCAUUGCUGACAUCCUGGCCGUGCCAAGCUGCGCGAGAUAUUCCAGAGCUGCCCGAAAACGAGGGCGAGAAUACACGAUAUGAUUACGUGAACGACUGGCUGAGAGAACACACUUCAACCUGCUGUUGCCCCGCGCUAUCAGACGCUUGGUUGACAAGGGUAUGGACGAGGCAAGAAGUCCUUUAUUCCAAGUCGCUCAUGCUCGUCACCGCCAAUAAUUGGCUCUCACAUACUGUGGCCAAGGCAUCCGAUAUAUCAGACGACCUCUGGACGGUCCAGCCGUGCUCUUAUGACCCGCCUCGGGCUACGGACGGCGUCCGAGAACUAGCCGGAUGUCUGAUUACAUGGUGCACCAGAUAUGAUCUCAGCACCACCUUCUUUUCGUCCGCUGUUAUUGCAGGAAUCUUGCGACUACUCAUACGAGGCGAAGUUGUCUCGUGUAGUCUGCCCAGUCUGCCCUCGGAAAAUUGUCCUCUCGAGGUCCAUCCAGACUGGUUUGCCUUCAACUGGAGCAUGAUCGCAAACUCGUCCAUUAGGGUCACAUCCCACACUCGAGACGCCAUCCUGUCGCAAAUGCUUCUGCUCCCUGGCUACCACGUUCCUGAGACGCCAUGGUCGAUGCCGCUGCAAGAUCUAAUGGUUGAUUGUUCGAGACAGUAUCGGCAGUUGCUUGGCCGAUACCAACUUGUGCCUAUGCUCUUCGACGCUGCCGCCAAGGGAGAGCGCCCAGGGUGGUUGGCGCCGGCCCUGUCUUCUUCAUUUGAGAAUGCAUCGUUGAUGGAAAUCCUACAGUCCGUUGGGAGCCCUUGCACUUAUCCGGCUGGUGUCUUUGUGGAUGAAGAUCGGACAACGAAAAUGGACGCAUCACUAUACGCUUAUGAAAUCGAUGACCAUCCUCGAUACAGGGUCCUCCAUAUCAUCGACAUCGAACAAAACCCAGGUCAAGCUGCGGAAUUUUUCGCUAUGCUCGCGCCGCUGUUCUCACAAGCAGCAGACUGCAGAGCAACUUGGAACAUGCGUGAAUGCCUCCAGGAGAUCGAAAGCGAACUGCAAAUGGCAGGAAACAGUGCAGAUACCCUGAAAAAAGCCUUGAAACACUGCGUGGCGCGACUGGUCCAUACAAACGCCUUCAAACGGCCACAUAUUAAUCGAGCAACAAAUCCGGGUAAGCCAUAUCUUCCCGAAGAAGUAGACAGUUUCGUCAUACCAGGCUUGCGGGCAGUGGAGAUCCAUUAUCAGAACAACGUCGUCCCAUCGCAUCGAAACCUGCUGUUCGGAGAGUUGCCUGUCGGUGAAGAAGGCUCGAUCUGGGGUCUGGGCAUCGACAAAGUCACUAAGCUGGAAUUUGGGAUUGCUGCGGUUGAAGAUCGUCCUGGGGAUCUACUUCAUUUUAAAGCCUCUGGGGUUCUCAUGCCGACUAUUUCCAGGAACAGGAGGACGAGUCCCUCCACCACCGAAAAGAGGUUCCCUCUCAAACCAGUGUCUUGA